UUGUUUUUAAAUUUGUUUGUAAAGACAUUGCAUUUUGCAUUGUCACGCUAAGCUUUUAAAAUAUAAAAUAUAAUGUUUUCAAAAGUGCUUCGCGCGUUAACUUUAGAGUAAUUACUCUACUAGAACUGGGGAAGUUUUGUUUAUCGCGAUUAUCUACGGUGUUCUUAACCUCAAAUUUUUGACUGACAUAGGCAAUCUCUUCUAUCGACACAUUUGAAUUUGAACACAUUUCUAGCUAGGACAGUGUACGCUUGCGCAAUAUUGUCGCAUGAAAAAGAGUGGAAAAGUGCAAAUCUUAAAGACAUUCACCAUUUUUUUGACAAAAUCCUCCGUUCAAAGUCUGAUUUCUCAACUUGGAGAUCACGAACUGUUAAAAAGCAUCGCAAUCAAUUAAGCAGUUUGACAACAAUUUAAGAUUUGGAUGAAGAAGAUGACUCAGCCAAUCAGCGUACUAGUCUCAUAUCCCUCUUCCUUUGGUGGAGGACCAAGAGAGACAUACGGAAAUUCCGGAAUCCUGAUUUCUGAGCACUGGGUCCUUACUCACGGAUCUCUGAUCAACCCAAUGAUGCUGAGGGACCUGAGAAUAAGAAAAAUCUUCCAAAAUUUAAGGAUAGAUGAAUUCUUCAAUAUUCAGGAAGAAAUCAGACGGGACAUGAAGUUUCGCGUAAUGUGGGAGAGUUCAAAAGGUGUCAAUCGGAAAAGACACAUGGAGGAAAAGGAAGGUGUCACAGUUUUCGCCUGGAAGUGCUCUCUUCUAAAAGAGACUUUUGACAGUCUUUUUGCAUCCUGGAGCUUUGAUAAAGUAGCCAAUACUGACAGGUGUUUGUUGCCAGUUUUUCUGAUGAUAAGUCUCAAAUCUGGUCAAUCAGGAAAUUCGAUAUCGGCUGCUAGAGAGGCUUUGGACAGUUUUGUUCAACAGGAUUUGGCUUAUCCGAUGAGAGGAUCAAUCACAGAAGUUGAGUCCACGCCGUUUGGUAAUCCGGUUUUUAUUGAUUCGGUUGCACGUGGCGUUGUUAGCAAUGUAGUUGGCUUCCAAAGAUGCGUUAUCUUGACCGACGCAAAUUCAGUCCCAGGUUGUGAGGGGGGUCCAGUUUACAUCAUCGACGAAAGGGGGCAACGUCGAAUCUGUGGUAUGGUGAUAGCUCCAUUGAGUUGGUGUCGUGGCGAAUGGGUGGAUUAUACAUUUGUUGCAAAUCUGAAUUCAUGCUUGCAGCAAGUUCUCAGUCGCAUGCAAUGCUGUCGAUCACUAAAAACUCAGCCUCUAACCAAAGAAAAGUUUGGAACUGAAAAUUCAAAGUUGGCUGAUCUUCUAGAUAAAAGUGUAGUAACUGUAAAAUGUGGUUCAUCUUGGGGAACUGGAAUCCUAGUGGAUGUGAAAUCGGGCACGGUAUUGACGUGUUCACAUGUCGUCAGAGAGGCGCCAGACAGCGGCAUUAAGGUUAUGCUACGAAGGGAUGACGAGAACAAGAGUAUUUCGCCCACGUGGGCAAGAUUGGUUUACAGGACACCCGAUGACAAGCCAUAUGACGUCGCAGUGUUGAGGGUCAAUCCAAAGGAAGUGGACCCCUCGCUGAGGGCUAUAGUCAUUCAGGGUGUUUCAGCACAUCGAGGUGAAGCAGUGGCCACAGCCGGAUUUCCGUUUUUCUCAUCAAGCUUGCCAACGAUCAGUAGAGGAAACGUUUCCAGAUCCUUGGCUUGUAUGCUUCAGACCACCUGUUGCGUCCAAAGUGGAACUAGUGGUGGCCCAGUCGUCCGUUGGUCGACUGGCGAAAUGCUGGGGAUGGUCGUCUGCAAUGCUGUUUCUUCUAGCGAUUCUGCACUAUACCCUCGACUCAACAUGGCAAUUCCUGCCUCAGUUUUAAAAGGUCCCCUGGAGGAGUACCUUAGAACAAAUGAUGCCAAAGUCCUCGAGGCUCUCGCCAGUCAAGAUGCAAUCGUGCAUCAAACGUGGGACCUCUAUCUGACGCCACGAUCGAAAAUGUGAGUGACGCUAACGCAUCUGUGAACGUCAAUAUGGACUGUGUAUAAAAUUAUUUAUGCUAGAAAAUUAUUUUAGGUAUGAAUGUGUAGGAAAUUACUCAUUUGUUUAAAUUUUACUAUUUCUUUUUUAAUUGUGAGGACCAAAUAUUUUGUACAAUAUUUUGUAGUGUCCAGACGAAAAUAAUGUGAUAUAUAUAAAAGCUUGAUAUGACAA